AAGAUAGAUAUUUUGUACAAUAUCGGUCCAUAUCAUCUUACAAUUCCUUUCAAGAUAGUGAAAUUUUUUUAUCACAUCCACUAAUGUAGUAAGCAUAACUGAACUAUAUAAAAUUUAUAUCUCGUCUCUAUUUAUUUUUUGUAUCUUUUAUAAUAUUAUCGAACUACGUAAAAUUUCUACUUUGUCUUUAUUUAUUUUUUACAUCUUUUAUAUUGGCUCUCACCUAAUGAGACUUUGGAUUUGAUUUUAUUAUUAUUUUUAUUGUUGCUAUAAAUAUUGAUGCAUAUAUUUUUAAACGCUCAAGAUUUUCUUUUUCAUUUUUUAUUAAAAAAAAAAAAAAAUCCUCACAACUACUUCCACCACUGGCCUCUUAAAAUGUCCUUUUGGGGGGACAACCGGAGCCUCCAUUAUUUCUUUCGCUAGUCCCGGUCGUCUUGCCUCCUUUUUCUCGUUCUAGCGGCUAGCCAAAGUCGUAGGAUGAUUUUCAUCUAGGUUUUGGAAACCUCUUCCUUCCUAACUGUAUCGACAGAUCUGACUCGGACAAAUCAUAUGUGAAUGGCAAUGGGAUUUUGCAGGGUUAUGGUACUGAUUCUGCGGGAAAGAAAAUGGUAUGGAAGUGAGAAUAGGGAGAUUCAAUAUUGAAUUGGAAAGAGUGUGGAUUGGUUGUUUUUUUUUUUCUUUUAUUUUUUUAGUUGCUAUAAUAAAGAAUAACUAAAACAAAUAAUGUGGAGAUCGUCAUGCUCUUUGUUAAAGCGGAGUGUGUCAACGGCUGUGAGGUAUGGAAGAAAACAGCCGGUGGGGUUGGGGGUUUGCUGGGGAAACGACUACGGUUGUGGCUUCCUCUUUGCAUCAUCAACCUCAUCGUCCCUUGUUUUAACUAACGCCUUAUCAGCAGCGGCCGCUGGUGGUUCCGACGAGGCCUCCAACUCAGGCGCUGCUGCCGGAGGAGGAGAAAGUACGGACAGCGGUGGCGUUGUGGCAGAAGGAGAGCCCAUAUCAUUUGUGGAGGCAAAGAAGCUAAUGAGACUGGUGAAUGUGGAGGCGCUGAAAAAGAAGAUAGGGAUGGAAGGUAAGGAAGUAAUCGGGUACUCGGAUCUUCUCGAAGCAUGCGAGAGCAUGGGUGUUGCUAGAUCUGUUGAUGAAGCCACCGCAUUUGCCCGAGUACUUGACGAUGCUGGCGUCGUCCUUCUCUUCAGAGACAAGGUUUUCCUUCAUCCCGAUAAGGUGGUGGAUUUGGUAAGAAGAGCAGUGCCCCUUUCUCUCACACCCGAAGAUGACCCAAGGCGGAAGGAGCUGAAAAGAUUGCAGGAGAAGAAGGAAGAAAUUGACAAGCUGGCACACAGGCAGGUCCGUCGCAUACUCUGGUCUGGGCUGGGUUUAGCUGUGAUACAGGUGGGGUUGUUCUUUCGGUUAACAUUCUGGGAAUUCUCAUGGGAUGUCAUGGAGCCCAUUGCAUUUUUCACCACGACCACUGGCAUAGUAAUAGGUUAUGCCUACUUCCUUUUCACUUCAAGAGAUCCCACGUAUCAAGACCUGAUGAAGAGGCUUUUUUUAUCGAGGCAGAGAAAAUUGUUUAAGAGGCACAGUUUUGAUGUUAAUAGAUUCAUGGAGCUGCAGAAGUGCAAAUGCCCCCUGGAUGCUUCAACCUCCACCAAAGGCCAGCUGGUAGGGAUAGAUCUAGGCCGGGAGGAUGCCUUGCAUCGAGAUUAACCCACUGCCCUCUCUCUCUCUCUCUCUGCUUAGAGAGACUGGCGUUGUGCCAAUUUGCCAAAACUAUAGUCAUUCCCGAUAGGAUCAUGUCAUGGUUUCAAUUUUUCUUUUUUUAAAUGCUAUGACUUUUUUGUAAACUAUUCAAAUGCGAAGGACAAUAAAAACUUAUAUGCAGAAUAAGAUCUCCAAGAUAA